UUUCAUUUUCUCGUCUGCUUCCUUUCUUACCCCUCAUCUUGUUAACGGAGCAGACUAAGAAUAAUCCUUCUUAAUUCCAUGGGUGAACAAGUGGAUGAUGGUGAUGGUAGAUUAGAAGCUUCUACUGUGGAUGAACCGAAUAUGCAUGACUAUGACACAAUUCAGGAACCUUACGUGGGUAUGGUAUUUGAAACAGAAGGGGCUGCCAAAACGUUUUAUGAUGAUUAUGCAAGACGAGUAGGAUUCUUGACACGUGUUCUAUCUUCACAUAAGUCAGAGCGUGAUGGGUUACUGUUCUCUCGUGGACUUGGAUGUAGAGGUUACUACGAUGAUCAGACAAAAGUUCAGCUUCAGAAGCAAGACAAGAAACGAGAAAGCUGCUCAGCAAUGAUUCAUUUGAGGAGAGAUAAGAACGGGAGAUGGGUGAUUAAGAAAUUUAUAAGGGACCAUAAUCAUCCUUUGGUGAUUCAGUUAGAAGAAAGCCACAAAACACUUGAUGAGGAGAAGGAUAAGAAAAUCCAGGAAUUAACUGCAGAAUUGCGGGUUAAGAAGCGGUUAAGUGCAUCAUAUCGUGAGCAGCUAGUAGCAUUUGUGAAAGAAGUUGAAGAUCACAACUAUGACAUAUCAAUGAAAGUUCAAAGAACUUUGGACAAUUUGAAAAAGCUUGAUGCUGAGGCAAAGGACCUUUUAAGCGGUUGAUAGCUUCCUCCAUUUUUUCAUCUAUGCAUAAUUGUACCAUCUUUAUUUAGUUUUAUUUUUGUAGUUUCUUUAACAGUCCAUGAAAUCUUUCCUUUUAUUGAUGGGCAUGAUUAGUUUGGUGGUUGCUAAGCUAGGGUAUUAGAGAAAAUACAUGGGGAAAAUGGAAUUGAUGUAUUGUUAUUUUUAUAUAGUGGAGGCAUGUGUGGCUACAUGGGGAAAAUGGAAUUGAUGUAUUGUUAUUUUUAUAUAGUGGAGGCCUGU